AAGACAUCUUGAAAAAAAAGGCCGAGGCUUGGUGGGAGAAGAAGCAUGGCGUUGGCAACGAACCAGAUGAUGUCUCUCUUUGUCUUAGCUAUUGGUAUUAAUGAGUGACAAAUCCCAAAAUGGAGCGAAAGGUGUGAUACUGGCGGUGGGGCUAGGGUCGGCUGCAAGCGCAAGGGCGUGCCCUCAGUACUGUCUGGACGUGGACUACGUGACGUGCCCUUUUUCCGGCAACGAGGAGCUUCCUUCGAGAUGCAACUGCUGCAUGGCUCCUAAAGGGUGCACCCUCCACCUCUCCGAUGGCUCUUCCAUCCACUGUCCCUAACCCACUUGGACCCUCUUUAUGCUUUCAUGAACCCCAUCUUCAUAUCAUAAAUUAAAUAAAGUAGAUUGGGGUCGGACUGUGUUUCCAUUUGCUACGGCAUCUCAAGUCUAGAGCCCUUGUUGCUCUGAGUAAAAUGGCGUGUCAUCAUCAUCAUCAUCUUUGUUUUGUUGA